AUGCUUGAUUUCGAAUCAGUUACUCUUCAUUUAGAAGAACCAAUACAACAUGGAUCUUUAGUAGCUGACUUUGUGUUUAUUUCUGAUCAAUUGAUGAGUCAGAAUGUCACGAACACAGAAAGAACAAGACUUUUCAACUUGGCCAAGCACUUAACAAGAUCUAAUAUCAACUAUAAUACUUGGUGUGGAAUAAACUUAAUUUACAUCAUGCUUCUUGAUAAGAGCUUUUGCCAUAAGUAUGGUGCGGAAGUGUUGGAUCUUCUUUAUCAAAUAAUGGAAACCUCGAUGAUGAGCGAUAAAAAGCUUCUUAAGUCAUGCCUAAGAACAGCUGCUAAAGUAUUCGAUCUUCUUGUUCUGGAUGCAGAUUUCCUGAGGGAACAGACUUGUCAACCCGACUGGAACGAGAAUAAAGAGGAGUUUUCGUCCUCUAAUCCCAUCUUUGGCUUUUCUAAGGCUGUUAUCUCGCCAUUCUUACAUACCCCAAAGUAUCUUCGGCGCAAUUCUGAGAGAUUUCCUCAAGCAGACCCUAUUGACGACAGACCGUUUCGACGCAAGGAACAUCAAGGUAUUCGAAUGUUGGAGUCGGUGGUGUUGCGCUUUGUCGGCGAGAGUGACGCUCUAAAUGCGCUAAUUAAUCCAAAGUUACCACGCACCGGUAUUCGGGAGUCUACAAAUGAUACCAUCUUAUCUUCUCAGCAAGAUCAGCUUCCAAAAGGAAGGAAAAGAGACUUCUCCGUUCUGGACGAGGAAGAAGCGGUUGUGUUGAAGCAGCCUAAGCUAGAUCUCGUCGACUUCAACAAUGCCGGCAGAAUAGGAAGCAUUGACAUUUUCCUGAAGGAACCAGACGCGCCAAUAGCCCAAGUGCACUCUGGUGACCCAGGAAGUGAAAGUGUCGGACAACAUCCCACAUCAGAAGAAGAUGAACAAUCACCAAUACUGUUGUCAGUGGAUCAAGAAAUUGAUAUACCAACACUUGACGUCAACGCUGACACCGACGACGAGCAAUAG